UGUCUUGUUGACCUCUGAACUUGUCAGUGCUAUAACACUGCUUGUGAGCAAGAGAGAAGCAUGUGGUGUACACCAAGAAAAUCCUUUCUUGUUUGCAAGGCCUAACUCCUCUCCUACAAGCCUUUACCACGGAAGGAACUGCAUCAGGGGUUUUUCAAGUCUGUGCCAUGCAAAGAACCCAGAGCAUCUCAGGUCAGUGCAUCUUCACAAGCACAUUGCAAGAGUCUUCCAGAUUCUCAACCUGGAGAACGACGAGCUCUGUCACCUUGCUAAACUGUUGGGCCAUGACAUCCGGGCUGACAGGGACUAUUAUCGGUUGCCAGAGGCAGCUGUGGAACUUGCAAAAAUAGCAAAACUUCUUCUGGCAAUGGAAAAGGGAUCGCUUGAAAGAUUCAAAGGAAACUCUCUGGAGGAAAUUGAAAUUGAGGAUGAAUUGGAGCCAGAUGUGGAGCAGGGCAACCCUGAAAAUGGUGAGGCUGAGGAGGACAAUGAAGAAUCAGAUCUUUUGCCUCAGCAGAGCGAUGCUCUGGGACGACAAGCUGUCAUGGAGACGCAGAGAAUGCAACUGACUCCUGAGCAAGAUGCCCGGGAGCACAUAAUGUCUUGCAGAGACAAACCCUUCCUGGACGAAGUGUUUAUUGACCCCUUAAAAGGGAGAGGUGUGUUCACCCGUGAAUCCAUCGAACCAUCAACUUUCGUUGUUGAGCUUCGGGGAAACAUCUCCUCUCGCAGAGGAACCAGAAGAAAGAAAUGUGGUGAUACUCUGAACAAUUAUUUGUUUGACUUCUCAUGGAAUGGAACAAACUGGUGCGUUGAUGCUUCCAAAGAGGACGGGACCCUCGGAAGACUCGUGAAUGAUGAUCACAUAAGUCCCAACUGCAAAAUUAAGAAAAUUGUUUAUGAGGGAAAACCACACUUGUGCCUAUUUGCAGUCAGGAAAAUAUCUCCAGGCGAGGAGAUAACGUUCAACUAUGGGGACUCCUCCUAUGCGUGGCGCUCGGUGGAACCCAGAGAGGAACUGAAGACAUCACAGACGGACCUAAAUGCUGCCUCUUCACCAGAGGAUGGAAGUGCUGAGGACUCAGCAGAGGCCUCCUGUUCUGAAGAAUCCUGCUGUGAUGACGAGUACGUACCUGAUGAUGAACCAAGUAGUGAUGAAUGUUCCACCAGCAGCAACAACCAGCAGUGUCAGGAUUUUGAGGACAAUCCAGAGCCAGAUUCUUCUGAACAGCAGAGCUCUGUGCUGCAACCCGUCGAUGCUUCAUGCAUUGAGCAGGAGGACAAGGCUGCUUACAGCUCUGAUGAUAAAGCCAAAGAUCCUUUCCACACCAGCAAAAAUUAUUGUUACGUUUGCGGGAAAGCUCCGUCGAAAAUUGCUCGUCACCUUUUCACCCAUAGAAAAGAAGAUCCUGAAAUAGCUGAAGUGUUUGCGCUGCCCCUACACUCCAGGGAACGAAAUAGCCUACUGGUUAAGUUACGAAACAGAGGAAAUUACAAACAUUAUCAACAGGUUUUGAAGAAUCAAAACCUGUCCACCAAUGUUAAAACAUUUGCACUCUGUCUUUACUGUAAAGGCAUGUACAUUCGUAAGAACAUGUGGCGACAUAUGCAAAGAUGCUCCUCAAAUAAGUCCUCAGCAUGUACAGCAGGUGGCAGGAAUAAAGUCUUAACUUUGGUUGAUGCUGCAGAGUUAACAGACUGUGGAGAAAUCUCACCAGAUGUGAGUAAUUUAGUGAGAAAAAUGAAGAAAGAUGAGAUUGCAUUGUUGGUUUGGAAUGAUCCCCAUAUACUGCAGCUGGCACAGUGUUUGUGCCACAUGAAUGAAAGUAAAGCAAAAAGUCAUGAGUACAUCACACAUAGGCUGAGGCUAAUGGGAAGACUCCUGUUAGCAUUAAGGAAAAAGUCGAUAUCUAGCUACGAAGAUGCUGUCAAACCCCAAAACUUCAGCAAACUUCUUGAGGCUGUCAGAGAGCUCACUGGUUUCAAUGAAGAGACCGCUUCCUAUCAGAGUCCAGGUCUUGUAAUUAAAUUGGCAAAUUUGCUCCAGAAAAUUGGUGACAUUAACUACGCCAGGGCUUUGAAAGAGGAGGCUGAGGAACAAACUACACAGGAAGCAGCAGCAUUCAUCAAGAUGUGUGCAGAAGAAUGGGGCUGUGUCCUCGCAUCAAAAGUCAGAGUCAAUAGCACAUCAACCGUACCGUUCAUUUGUGAUGUGCAGCUUUUCUAUCAGUGCACUGAGAAGACAACAGCUUCUGCAGUUGAAAGUCUGACGAUGUACGAAAGCCCUCAGGUCUACAAUGCACUUCUCAGAGUGAUACUUGCCCAAGUGUCCUGCUUAAACAAAAACGUGGUAGAAGUUUCAAAAGUAACAGUCAAGUCAUUCAACGAAAGGGACGAGACUGAGCCUCAUGAAGACGCAGCUGUUCCCCAGUCAGAGGUGGACCAAAUUCUGUCCAAGCACUCUGUGACGAUCAGUGUUAUGGGCAACUGGGGCAAAAAAAUUGCUGUUACGUUGACCCCGAAACUGCUCAGUGCAAUCACACUGCUUGUGAGCAAGAGAGACUCAUGUGGUGUACAUGAAGAUAAUCCCUUCUUAUUUGCAAGACCUGCUGCCGUAUGUAUGAGCUUCUGCAAGGGACACCAAUGCCUCGGCAUGUUCAUAGCUCGCUGUGGUGCGAAGAACAAAGUGAACCUCAGGUCUGUGCAUUUUCGCAAGUACCUUGCAAGAGUCUUCCAGAUUCUCAGCCUCACAAAUGAGGAGCUCGAGCAGCUAGCCAAAGUGCUGGGCCGUGACAUCCGCACCAACAGGGAGUACUAUCAGACGCCAGAGGCAGCUGUCGACGUCGCAAAAAUCUUAGAGCUGCUGUCAGCGAUGCAGAAUGGAUCUCUUGAAAGAUUCGAAGGAAAAUCUUUUGAGGAAAUUGACAUUGCAGAUGAACUGGAGCCAGAUGCGAAGGAGAGCAACCCCGAAAACAGUGACGCUGAGGAGGAAAAUGAAAGUUCUCUUCAGCUGAGUGGUCUUUCCUCCUCAAAAGCAUCCAGCAGGGUCUCUUUCUCCAGGAAACGUGGCCGAGGCAGAAAGAGGAAGAAGAAGAGUGAAAAUGAGGAAUCCGUACUGAAUGAUGAGAAAAAUGUUGACGACACAGAGAAGUUUGACGGGUCAGAGGACGUGCCUCUGAGCUGUGACAUCAGAACGCCUGAGAAAUCACUGCCUCACAGCAAUGAGGAUGCAACAAAGUUUUCUUUUAGUGAUGAUGAUGAGGACAUGAAUGUGGACUUUAACAUGGACACUGAUGAGGACGUCAGAAAUGAGGACCAUGAUGGAGAUGGUGACACAAACAGCUCAGCAGCAAUGUCUUUGAUACCAGAUGUCCAAGAUAAGACGAAGGAGGACGAUGGAAGCAGUGAUGCUAAAAAGGCAGACAGCUCAACAAACAAGCUCACCACUGUUGAGGACCUUGAAGAGACCGUAGACAUGGAUGCAGGGAACCGGGUGGAGACAGAAAAUCAAAAGAAAGAGAAACAAAAAAAGUGGAUGGAUGUGGAUAGCAGAAGCGCCUCUGCCAUUUUAAAUACAGAAAAGAAGAACAACUUAUCAGCUGUGGUGGCUGCGAUGAAACAAGUGAAGAUAUUAAUCCCAAAACUGGACAUUGAGAAGUUGCGGACUCGAGACCACAUUUCCCAGUUAUCAUCUGUCUGUAACUCUGUGAAGGGGCAAGAUAAAGGUCAGGCCAACCACAACGACAACAACCAGCGUCCGACAUCCACAGACAUCAACAAGCCCAGCUGUGCAAAGGCAGUGCAGAUGAUAUGCUCCCACUGCAAGAAGAGCAUGAUGAAGGGCCAAACAGCUUACCAGAAGAAGGGAUUCACAGACGUCUUCUGCUCCAAGAGCUGCCUUUUCGAAAUAUUUCCCAUCAACAGAGCAGUCACCAAGACCUGUCAUCACUGUCAGAAGCCGAUAUUGCAGCCUCUGGACCUCAUCAUGGCUGCAGUGGAUGUCCAGGGAACUAUGAAGGACUUCUGCAGUGUGACCUGUCUGUCCUCUUUUAAGACCAACAGUGCGCCCGCCCAAACACUGCAGUCAGUCUGCACUAUGUGCAACAAAACCUGUUCUACCACACGUGAGUUGACAAUGAAUGAGGCUGUCCACAAGUUUUGCAGCGACUCCUGCUUGGAAGAUUUCCGCAGGGACAAGACGGCCACCUGUGAUAACUGCAGCUCUGCUUUCCUCAACAAACCGCUCAUGCUGAAGCUGAAGGAGGAAACCAAAACCAUCUGCAGUGACAAGUGUCUGGACGAGUUCAAAGAGAAAAUGAAGACACCCCAUGAGUGCACCUUAUGCCACACUUCUCAACCGAUGUCAGGCAUGGUUCAUUUCAACACUGGUGAGGACAUGGUGGAGCUCUUCUGCACUCGUACCUGUGUUACGUCAUACAGACUACGGCCUGCAAUCGAAUGCGACCUUAACGGACAGAGAAUCUCAGCUCCGAUUAAGAGGAGGGAAAGAGGCAAGCAGUCGGAACUAAAACCGAGUACUGAGGACGCAAAGAUCACUUCAGACUCCACUGCGUCUGCAGCUGCUGAAUCGGACGCUCCAUCACUCGUCAUUGCAGACUCAUGCGUUGUCUGUCGCCACUGUGGAAAAACCGUGCUGAGAGGACAGGCAAUUUACCAGCUGAGGAGCUCACCAGAGGCUUUCUGUUCAGCCUCUUGCUUCUCUGAAAGGCAUCCGAACAUCAACUUAGUUGAGAAGAAGUGUCACAACUGCUUUCAGGUGAUAAUGCGGCCUCAAAACGUCAUCCUUGCUCCGGUGGAUGAUUCAGGAACGAUGAAGGAACUGUGCAGCAACACCUGCCUCUCUUCUGUCAACUCCAAGAGGGACAUGGCUGCCCCAAAACUGCCACCUCAAGUGGGACCUCGGUCAGAGUGCAGGAUGUGCGCCAAAUUUUGCUUUUGCAAAAUCAUGCUGACCCUGGACGGCUCCAUUCAUAGACUUUGCAGCGACGCCUGUUUCAUUAAGUACCACAAAAUCAACAACUUGCCUUUGUUUACUUGCGACGUCUGCAGCUCCGUCUGCCGCGACAAACGCCUCCUGCUGAAGAUGGAGGACGGAAGUAAAAACAUCUGCGGUGAAGAAUGUCUGGUCAAGUUCAAAGAGAAAAUCGUGACGCCUCAGCUGUGUCCCACGUGCCAAACGUCGCAUCAGAUGUCAGAUAUGGUUGAAAAUAAAGACGAUGAGGGCAAGCUGGACUUCUUCUGUAGCAACAGAUGUAUGAUGGUACACAAGGCUCAGUCUUUCACUGUGUCAGGACGGAACAGCCCAACAUUUGAUGAAAAUGACAUUAAAGAAGUGAAACCAUCACUCCCAAAUUUGAAGUGUAUAAAAGAAGAGCCCAUUGAUGAAGAAUACAACCAGAGUAUCUCAUCCUCCAUAUCCACAGAAGACAUCAAGGAUGAGCCUAAUGUGGUAAAGGAGGACUUGAAGAUUGGUUCUGUCUUCUCCUUGACGGGUGACUCCACGUCUGCAGAGCCCACUCUCACCCACAUGGAUUUUCCUGAGUCUUGCUCCAACUGCAGAAAGGUUCUGAUGGACGGAGAGAUUGUUUAUCAGAGGAAGGGCCACACAUAUAUCUUCUGCGCCACUCCCUGCCUUUUGAAAUUUUACCAAGUGAAACAAACUAAGAAGACUUGCCACUUCUGCCUUCAGGCAAUAACACAGUCUCAGGGCGUCCUCCAGGCGCCGGGGGAUAAUGAGGAGACAAUGAAGGACUUCUGCAGUCAGACCUGCCUGUCCUCCUUCAACUACAAGACAAUCAUGUCCACCAAAAUACACAUGGGGCCCUUCGCGUCACAGUCACAAUGCAGCAUGUGCAGCAGAUAUUGCAUUAGCAAACAUGAGAUCAUACAACAGGACGUCAUCCACAAGAUCUGCAGCGAUCCUUGUUUUCUCCGCUUCUGCAACAUGAACAACCUGUCCAUCUGCGAGAACUGUCGCUCCCACUGCAACUCGCCUGUCAUGCUCAAGGUGGAAGAUGGCAGCAAAAAACUCUGCAGUGCAGAGUGUCUGGCCCAGUUCAAACAGAAAGUCAAAACGCCGCAGCCGUGUGCCAUGUGCUGCACCCCCUGUUUAAUAUCAGAUAUGGUUGGAAACAAAAACAGUGAGAAUGUGGUGGAGCUGUUUUGUACCAGCAGUUGUGUGAUGGCAUCCAAGAUCCAGGCUGUCAGUGCAGCAGGCACUUCAUUGAAUUGUGAUAAGUGUGGUAAGACUACAGUACCAGCCUGCCACCUAGCCAUGUCAGAUGCCUCUAUCAGAAGCUUUUGCAGUCUAACCUGUGCCAUGGCUUUUAAGGACACCCAGAAUGCUGCCACUAACCAAACAGCAGCCUCUGAGAAAUCCCAAUGCGAUUUCCUCAAACCACCAGAGAAACUGCCGUGUGCUCAGUGUCGGCGCAUUUUGAAAACUGCACCCCAAGUCGUCCAGAAAAAGGGCAAAAUGAAUUUUGUGUGUAGCCUGGCCUGUUCUCAAGAGUUCAAGAGGGUCAACAACAUCAUGGGAAAGUGUGAGUAUUGUACGAAUGAAAGGAUCAUCAGAGAUGCCAAGAGGGUCAACAACAAAGACUGCUACUUCUGCAGUGAUGGCUGCAAGAUGCUCUUUUGCCAUGACCUGGAGAAGGAGUGGGGGGACCACUGCCACUCGUGUGCUUACUGUCUCUCCAUCUCGAAGACAGUGGUGACAGCACAGUACAAAGGCACUGACGAGACGUUCUGCUCUGAAGAGUGCAACUCAAACUACAAAAUGCUCUUCUGCCAUGUUGCCAGGUGUGACACCUGUGGUCAUGAGGGGAAACUGAGGCAGAGUCUUCCCAUGCUGGGAGAGGUCAAACACUUCUGUGAUCUGAAAUGUCUCCUACAUUUUUGCAACAAAAAGGUCCAGAUGGUCAACACAGUCUCUUCACCUCCCAGGUCUGCCAGCACAGCGGAGUCCUCGCCGGUCAUCGCUAACGUCAUCUCGCUUGCCGGUGCUUUGGUGAUGGAGCCCAGAGCCUCUGCUGGCUCUGCACAGCAUGUCUCGGUCCCUGACAUUCAGACAAAGGUUGUUCGACAUGCCAGUGUUCAAACACUCCCCAAGGAAGUGAAGAACAAGUCCAUGCUCUGCACACCGUUGGUCCAUAACAAAGGAGUCUCCAGUACGACACAGAUCGUCGACACAGGAGCACAGACGGGCAACUUUGUACCUAAAGUCGUAGUCCUGCCUGUCCCAGUGCCGGUGUAUGUUCCUUUGCCUAUGAACAUGUACAGCCAGUACACACCAAAGCCCGUGGGCCUUCCCUUACCGCUCCCUGUGCCAGUGUUUCUUCCUGUGACGCCGGAGAGCCCAGACCCAACCGUGAAAUCCACGAAGGAGACGAUCCAGCCCGAGACCUUUGAGGGAGAGCUCAACUUCAAGUCUGAGCCGAAGGAAACACAAGAUGAGAGGAACAAGACGGAGGACAGAGUGGUGACGAUAGAGGGACAAAGACAGGGUCCUCCUACUCUUAAGGAGCACACCAGUGAGUGUCGUGAUGACUUUGAUCUAGAACAUCAGGCCAACCAGCAGGACUCGUUCCCUGACAGCAGCUCUGCGUCGUUUACCCGGCUCCCUCCUCCUGCUCUGGAGAUGAGAGAGGACCCCCAGACCUCUCUGAGCCCUCUACCGCCCCCCUCACUAUUAAAUCAAACUGUGGGGGAAGGCCUCUCUUCUCUGUCCAAGUGUUGUAAGCGGCAGCAGGAGCCGUUUCAAAGACAGAUGUCCACAGCUGUGUCCAGGAGGCCCCACAAACUUAAGAGUCAGUGUGGAGUCGACGCCUGGAAGAGAUGGAUCCAGUGGAGGGAAUCACAAAACAACCUGGACCCCAUUUCUUCUCAAGCUGUGACAUUAAACGAGGAUGUGCUUCGCUCCUCUGCCACCGAGCUGAGCGAUGGCCUCUGCUGUUUCAUUACUGAGGCGAAACGACCCAAUGGAGAGCCGUACUCCCCCGACGGCCUGUUCUACCUCUGUCUCAGCAUACAACAGUACCUGUUUGAGAACGGUCGCAUGGAGAACAUAUUCAGUGACUUGAUCUACAAGAAGUUCUCCGUGUGGUUCACCAAGAUCCUGAAAGGUUUCAAACCCUCAGUCACAGCCAGCUGUUAUAUCCGUUCCUGUGUGGAGGAGAACUUUCUGUGGGACUGUAAACAGUUGGGGGCGUACUCCCCCAUUGUCCUCCUCAACACUCUGCUCUUCUUCUGCUGCAAGCACUUUGGUUUCACCACAGUGGAGCAGCACCACCAGUUGUCCUUCGCCCAUGUCGUCUGCUACACCAAAACCACCAAGAACAACACUAAGGCCGCCUUCCUGCGCUUCUGCCCCCCAGCAUUGAUAAAUGAGGCAGAGUCAGGUACCAAUGCAGAUGGCGUCCCUCCUAAGAAGCGUAAGAAAAAUCAGAGUAAAGCGGAUAUCCUGGAGAUGAUGGAGAACGCAGCGAACCCUCUCCGCUGUCCAGUCAGACUCUACAAAUUCUACCUCUCCAAAUGCCCAGAGUCGGCAAGGCGGCGUACCGACAUGUUCUACCUUCACCCAGAUCGUUCUUGUGUUCCCAGCAGCCCUCUGUGGUUCUCCUCCACCCCUCUGGACGACAGCACAAUGGAGGCCAUGCUUGUGCGAAUCCUCACCGUACGAGAGCUGCAGGGGGAAGAUCGGAGAGGUGUGCACCAGCAGACAUCAGAUGAUGCACCAUUUAUACCUGCUGAGGAGGAUUCAGGAUGACGAAGCACAGUUGGAGACGUCUUUUGUUGUUUUUGGAGCAAUGUGUUUACAUUUGGAUAUCAGGUUGCAUAUGGAAAUCUGUAAAUUGCCAAAUGACUUCAGAGAAAUACACUCCAUCAAACAGAAAUCCAGAAACAAAGUCUUUCAAGCUCAGACCUUCAGUUAGUUCAGCUAAACAACACCUCUUUCAUCAAAUCAGUUGCAGGUUUUGAUGAAAUGUUCUGCCAAAUACUGAAGGCUCACAUCCAUGUUUUGUAAUUGCUCAAUUAUAUUCAUAUUGACAAUGUUUUAUUCUACAACAGUUUGGCUGUAAAAUGUCAGGGAAUGUGUACAGUGAAUGUUUGUAUUAGAAGUAGUAAAUGAUCCCGCAGAUAUUGUGACUUGUCAUCGCAGGAGUCAGCUACACAUUGAAGUCAUUUUAAUGAUGUCAGUUAGCCUUGUGCUUUUCUUGUCAAGCAGUCUGCUGUGAAGGGGCCUGAGCAUUUUUUACUUAAACAAAAACAAAAUAAUCCUUUGUCCAUUUUUCUUGGAAAGCGCGACAUUCUGUGUCUACUGCGUUUUAUUGACAGUGGGAAUGAUGCAUUGACGCGAUAUCAGCGCUACGUGUGAUUCAGAUUCUCGCCACCAGGGGGCGGGAUCCGUCUGAUCCCUGUUGUACCACAAAUGAGAGCGAAUGUGAAGUUUAUUUUUUUUAAGACUUGCUGGAGAAAUAAUAAAAGUGGACAUUUGUUUUCACCA